AUGUCUCAGCUUCUCAAGAAGGCCGUUAGGCUGGCAUUGGUCCAGCUUGCCAGUGGGAUGGACAAGGCUCAGAACCUCUCGAACGCUCGGGCAAGGGUUCUGGAGGCUGCUUCCGCAGGAGCAAACAUCAUUGUCCUCCCGGAAUGUUUCAAUAGCCCUUAUGGGUGCCAAUAUUUUGCGUCUUAUGCAGAGACGCUCUUGCCGUCUCCUCCGACGGUAGACCAGUCAUCGUCCUUCCACGCGCUUUCGACCAUGGCCAGAGAAGCGAAUGUCUAUCUCGUAGGAGGUUCGAUCCCCGAACUCGAUCCUGUCUCCGGAAAGUACUACAACACGUCGUUGACGUUCGGGCCCGACGGGACUUUGCUCGCCACGCAUCGCAAAAUCCAUCUUUUUGACAUCGACAUUCCAGGCAAGAUUCUUUUCAGGGAGUCGGAGGUUCUUUCACCGGGUGACCAGAUUACGAUUGCUGAUUUCAAAGGGUAUGGAAAAGUCGGGAUCGCAAUAUGCUACGAUGUGCGGUUCCCCGAGCUGUCGAUGAUAGCGGCACGGAAGGGGUGCUUCUUGCUGGUUUACCCCGGAGCGUUCGGUCUAACAACUGGAGCAAUGCACUGGAAGUUGCAGGGCCAGGUGCGCGCGAUGGACAAUCAGCUGUAUGUGGGCAUGUGCAGCCCGGCCAGAGAUGUGAAUGCGGGUUACGUAGCUUGGGGCCACAGUUUCGUGGCGGAUGCUAUGGGACGCGUGGUGACCGAAGCGGGAGAGAAAGAAGAGAUCACAUAUGCGGAUCUAGUGGGUGAAGAGAUUGAGGAGGCUAGGAAGGGCAUUCCUUUGUACCAGCAGAGGAGAUUCGAUGUAUACAUGGACGUUAGUACUAGUAGUGUGAGAAAACAAGACCUACUGUUAUAG